AUGCUGCUGUUAAAUUUUUUCAAAAAAAAAAAAAACGAAAAUAAUGUUGGAAAUUCCAAAACACUUCCACCAGAAUUAAUUCGUUCGAUUGUUCUUCAUUUGAAGAAUGAUAAAAAAUCUCUUCAUUCUUGCUUAUUAGUUUCUCGAGAUUGGUGUAAAGAAACGUUGAAAAAGGAAUUAUUAAAGCGAAAAGCGAAAGAAUUACUUUUGAUUAUUUCGAAUUUUUAUUUGUAUUGGACUUGCAUGAAUUAUAUUGUGCAAUUAAAGAUUGGAAUCAAUGGAAUAAAUCAAAUUCAAAAUUCAGCAAAGAUAAUUAUUCACCUUUAACAUUUGGAAGUAUAAUGAAAUACUUUAUUAUGAACACACCAAAGUUAAAAAUACUUUCAUUUGAUACAAAAUUUA